AUGCUUGGCCUCGGUGCAUACGAAAGCAGUAGCGAAGAGGAAGUCGACGUGAAGCCCUCUCUUAAGUCGCAACCAACGCCAGCUCCUACCGUUCAAUCGAAUAUGCCACCGCAAAUACAACCCAGUCCAGCUGUCAUUGAAUCUCCCAAUGGUCCUGUUCUAGGUCCCGCAUCUGGCCCCGCGCCUAUGAGCCAAACACAUUCGCCAGAAGGUCCUUCAGUUAGCGGCCGUUCAUCGCCAUUCUCAGCGACGCGAGCCCUGGUACACGAUUUGACGCUUCCCCCAGUCCCCAAUCUCGACAUUCCACCUUCGCCUCCAGGGUCACCUAACGCCGCUGCCAAUGCCAAGUUUGAGCAUUUCCUCUCCCUAAAGAAACAAGGCGUUCAUUUCAAUGCGAAGCUAGCGAGCUCUUCAUCCCUGCGAAAUCCUAGGUUACUGAUGAAAAUGAUGGAGCAUGCGGGCAUUGAUGAGAAGUCGCAAUACAAUACGUCCCUGCCAUCGGACAUUUGGGAUAUCUCUAACCUACCCCAAUGGGCUUUCAAAGAAGAACUUCUCAACUCUCAGCAAGAGGCUCGACAGAAACUGGAAGAGAAGAAUGCUGCAGGCCAGAGGUCCUCCAUUGAAUUUGUCUCGGGAACAGAGACAAAGAGGAAAGCCAAUCCAUGA